AUGGAGCCAUUGAUUGAUGAUAGAAUCACUAACUGGCUGAACACGCUGGAUGUGAACUUCGUUCAAACUGGUAUUACAUUCGACUUUACAUACUGGGCCUAUUACAUCGCAUAUGAUAUCAUGAGUGACAUUGGGUUUGGUGCUCCGUUUGGCUUUGUCGAGCAAGGCAAGGAUGUUGGCGGUGUUAUCCAAGGUGUCCGCAAUGGUUUUCCGCACUUUGGAGUUCUUAGCCGCCUACAUCCCUUCACAAGAUGGGUGAAGACAACACCCUUGAAGAGAUUCCUCGUUGCCUCACCUAGUCAUCCAUCGGGUAUCGGUGUUCUUAUGCGCUUCCGCGAUAAACUCAUCGACAAGCGCCUACAAGAUCUCCAAACAAGCAAAGAUCUUGGUCGGAUCGAUCUCCUUCAGACCUUCCUUAAUGCCAGGACUGAGGAUGAUAUGCCUCUAGAUAUAGAGAACGUCCGUGCAGAGGUGCUGAUUGUGUUAAUCGCCGGGGCUGAUACCACCGGAACAACUUUCCAAUCACUAAUUCAAUUACUGCUUGCUAACCCAGACGUGCACAAGCGUAUAAUGGAAGAGAUCGACUCGGCAGCUCGGAACGGUCUUAUAUCCGAUAUGCCCCAGUACAGUGAAGUUGUCGAGAAUCUUCCAUAUUACACUGCUUGCAUUCGCGAAACCUUGCGCCUUCUCCCACCUGCGCCUUCUAUCAUUCCGCGUUGUGUGUCAGCACCGGGUAUGAGUCUUUACGGAAAGUUUGUACCGGCAGGAACAGAGAUCACAUCUCAUCCAUGGAUCGUCCAUCGAGAUCGCGAACUGUAUGGUGAAGAUGCAGAUGAGUUCCGUCCGGAGCGCUGGCUGGAUCAGGAGCGAGAAACGUUGUAUAAAAAGUACGACUUGUCGUUUGGGUAUGGAGCCCGAGUUUGUCUCGGGAAAAAUAUUGCAAUGAUGGAAUUGCUCAAGGGCCCGUUGCAGUUUUUACGUCAGUUCCAAUUUGAAGUCGUGCCCAGUAAACCAACUGCAAAGUUUACGGUCGGCGGUGGAGUAGGACACUGGACUGAUAUGUGGGUUACAAUCUCCAAGCGGUCUUCGACGAGUCAAGGAGUUUAUAUUCCAUCGCCACGGACGACAGAAACUACAUCCGUGAAGAGGAACAUCAAUCGUGACCACAGCAGCAGUAGUAUUUUAGCCGCUGAAUAG